CGAAUAUAAGCCGCUGCCUAUAUAUAGGCACUCACACCUGUUCCGUUUUACCGUAUAUCUUCUUUCAGCAGCGAUAUAGUAAAAGCCAGUUUUUGUAAGGUCAUGAAUUUAAGCCGCACUUUAACUUUUCACGGUCGGGAAAAAAGUGAGGCUUAUAUUCCGGCCAAUGCGGUAUGUGUGAGCUUUCCACAUACUGCUUUUCUCCUCCAGACCCACCUCCGAAAUGCAAACAGCCAUUAAUAUUAGGAGACUGCAAAGCAAGUAAGCGGCGCUAUUAUUACGAUGCUGGGAGAAAGAGAUGUUUCGUGUUCAUAUAUAGUGGAUGUGGAAGCAACGGGAACAAUUUUGAUUCUUUCAGGGAAUGCUACGAGGAGUGUGAAAAGUAUGAAACACCCGAACAUCUGAUAAAUCCCGACAAGCUUGAAGACUUUCUGCGUGAUUAUUGUGACCAACCCCUAGACGUGGGAUGCUGCAACAAGGACUUACCUCGCUUUUACUACGAUUACAGUAGCAGGACCUGUAAGCCGUUCAACUACGGUGGCUGUGCUGGGAACAGGAAUAACUUUGAGACAGAAAAUGAAUGCCUUUGGGCAUGUGCAGCCGAUGCAUCUGAUAUCUGACCUUGCUAGAGGGAGAGCCAGCAAGCAAGCAAGCAACAGUAAGUCCUUUUCUAUAAUCUCAUUUUGCUCCCCCACCCCCUGCCUUCAAUUGGAGUAGUAGGAGGAGAA